AUGGAGCUCUCGAGAGUGCCGGAUGCGCGAGUCACGGGGUUGUGGAUGGAACCCACAGCCACGCACGCCCUUGUCACCGUCACAGUGGGAAGCGCGCUGGGGUCCACGACAGAGAUGCACUAUGUGCAUGCCAAGUGGAAGAAGCCCAGAGUGCUGUCCAAGCUGAAGCAGAAGGGCCUGAGCAUCACCGCAGCAGCAUGGAACCAUGCAAAGCUGUCGGAGGCAUCCAGUGGGCCUGUCAUCCUUGGCACUGACAAGGGGAAGCUGCUGGAAAUACCUCUGGAGGAGAAGGACAAGAAGGAUGGCCCAGUGAAGGAGCUGUACAACUUUGAGGAUAUGCCGGAGCCCAUCCGUGGACUUGAGCAACGGGAACUUCCCGAGAACAGAAUGCUGGUGCUGGUGGCAACACCGACGCGACUGUAUGUGUUCGUGGGCGGUCCGACGUUGGAGGCACUAUUCGUGUCGUAUCCUGACAGUGCAGGCGACCUGCGAAACUUCCUGCAUUGCCCGGGGGAGCCAAGCGGCAGUGGCCUCCUGCAGACCUGGGCACCGCUGGGCACCAGGAGGGCAGCUGUGUUUUCCUGGCUGGCGCCCACCGGCGUGCAGCACGGCAGGCUACUUCUUGACUUGGAGCUGAGGCCACCAUCAGACCUGGAGUACCUGGCGCUGGAUCCUGGCAUUGCACUUGAUAGCAUCAAACCUGGAGAAAUCCUGUCCAUGGCCAUGACACAGUUUCACGUGCUGCUCCUGACGGCCAGGAGCUUGCAUGUGGUGAGCCGGAUCAGUGGCCAUGUAGUCCAGGAGAUGCUCAUCUCUAGCUCCAUUCCGACCAUAACCCCAGGGGGAUUCCUCAGGCUCGUCAGAGACGUGGAGGCCGCUUCCCUCUUCCUUAUGGCAGGCGAAGGGCUGUAUGAGGUUGCCAUGGACAAUGAGGAGCGGGAUUUGUGGCAUUCGUUUCUGGACAGAGGGGACUUUUCGUUGGCAGCACGAUAUGCGAGCACCCAGGCAGAGCGAGAUGUGGUCGCUCGGGCCGAGGCGGACGUGGCGUUUCAGGGUGGCAGGCACGUGCAGGCAGCUCGGCUGUGGGGACGCAUCAGGGCGGCGGAGCCCAGCUUUGAAGAGAUCGCACUGCGUUUUGUGGGUGUGGGCGCCACGGAGGCGCUGCAGGCGUUCCUCAUGGCGCGCUUGCAGGUGCUGGGCCCCGACGACAAGGCACAGGCGACGAUGGUGGCAUCAUGGGUGGUAGAGCUAUAUCUGGACCAGAUCAACCGGGCGCUGCUGGAGGAGACGGCGGAGGCAAGCACCAGUGGCGAGGCAUUGUCCGAAGCGCUGCGCGGAUUUUUGCGCGACCACGUGGACGUUCUGGACGUCAAUGUCACCAUCGGCUUGCUGGCCAGCUACGGGCGCCUGGACGACCUCAUGCACUAUGCCACCUACCGCCAGGACAAUGAGACAUUGCUGGAGUACCUGCUGCAGCGAGGCGAGGCCUCGAAAGCUCUGGCCGUGCUGCGGCGCCCUGGCGUCUCACAGGAGUUAGUUUACAAGUUUGCUCCUGCUCUCGUAGCGGCACUUCCUGCGGAGGCAAUUGAUGCAUGGAUGGCAGCAUCACCUGCGUUGGAUCCGCGGAGACUGUUGCCUGCGCUCAUGCGAGCUGGCCAGGCAUCAGACCUCUGCAGCUCGCAGGCUGACGCCCUGCGAUAUGUGGAAUUCUGCCUGUCUCAGCUCCACUCCACUGACGCAACUGUGCACAAUCUUGCGGUGACCUUGUUCAGCAAAGAUGCAGAUGAGAGGCGACUGUUGGAGUACUUGCAGACUGCAAAGGACAGCUUUGGGAAGCCCUACUACGAUGCUCAGUUUGCUCUGCGCGUGGCCCGGCAGAAUGGGAGACUCAAUGCCUGCGUGCAGCUCCUGUGUGAGCUGCAGCUCCACGAAGACGCAGUGGCGCUUGCUCUCACAUUUGAUAGGAGCAUCGCGAGCGCGGUUGCCACAAGGGCUGAAGAUGAUGAGGCCUUGCAGCGGAAGCUGUGGCUUGCAAUAGCCCGGCACCUGAUAGAUGUGGCAUCUGAAAAUUCCAGCUCUGACCCGAGACAGCGAGUGGCCGCUGUGGUAGAAGUCUUGGAGGAAGCCGAAGGGCGCAUCCGCAUCGAAGAUGUGUUACCCUUGUUCCCAGACUUUGUGACUAUUGACGCCUUCAAGGCCGCUAUCUGUGCAUCUCUGGAGGACUACAAUUCGCAGAUCGAGCAGCUAAAAUUUGAGAUGACUGACGCCACGCGCAUGGCAGAUGCGCUGCGGCGAGACAUGACGGCUCUUGAAGGGCAAUCAGGCACUUUGGAUAUAGCGGAACUUUGCGCUCGGUGUGGGCGUGCAAUUGGAGCACAACCGGUGGCAAGCACAUGCCCCCACGGUGGGGCAGUGCCGCAAUUCUACCUGUUCCCCACCGGUAACGCGUUCCAUGGGGCAUGUCUCGCCAGCGAAGUGAUGGAGUUGGCAUCGCCGCAGCAAGCCUCCAGGAUCCAGUCUCUAAUCCUCCGGCUAUCGCAGAUAUCUCCGGAGAAGAGCGAGCUAACAAAUGGCAAAGGAGAACAGGAAAAGGACGAACUCAGCCAGACUUUGGAGAGCAUGAUUGCCAUUGAGGAUCCGUACAAUGGAGAGAUGGUUGGACCGUGCAGAGCUGAGCUCGGCGGGUCCCUCGACCGGUGGUACCGCGUGCUUGAGGCCCCAUCCCGCGCUGGCAAAUGGCCACCGGCACUGGGUGGCGAGGCCAGUGCCCCAGGGGUGAAGGAGGCACCCCCGGGGCCGUGUUGGGCCGAGCUCGACAGGUCCCUCGACCAGUGGAAGCACGUGACUCAGAGCCCCAUUCCGCGCUGGCAAAGGUUAGAGGUAGGAGAGGCGCAAAGCUUCUGGUAG